AUGCAGUUCUCUAACUUGUUCCUGGCCAUCCUGCCAGCUCUGGCUCUUGCCAGCGAGGGUCCCAGCACCUCAACCUGCACCUCGACUACCACCCUCACCAAGACUUUGACUCUCUCGUCCGCGCACACCGUCACCUCUUCCGUCGCGGUGAACAGCACUACGCCCAUCUCCACGCCUACUUCCUCCUCUUACACGAUGGUGUCAUCUUCCGAUCUCACCAGCCUUCCCGUGGAGACAAGCACGAGCUCUGGCGAGGAACCAGCCACCGUGACUGACGAUUCUGGCGCUUCCGGCGCUGUGUCCGCCGGCAAGGUCAUCCUGGCCGGUGUCAUGGGCAUGGUUGUUGUUGGUAUGAUGUAA